ACCAAGCAUAGCCUGCGUGUCAGUGCAGUCGACUUACAGCUGGCUGUGAGGAGAACUGACGCUACUCUUUUUUUUUUCGCUCUUUAUCACUGCGACACACAUACCCAUAUUUUUUUAAAAAAGUGUCCUAAACUCAUUAGAAUAAUUGGGGGAAUCCGGCUUCAAUACUCUCCACGUUUUUUUUUUAUUUUAUUUUAUUAAGGGGGUUUCUAGAAAACUAAAGUUGGAGGCUGGCCCUUUAGCUUUUUGACCGUCGCUUGAGCGGAGAAGAAAAAAAAAAAAAAAAGCUGGUCUUUUUUUCCCCGUAAAAACUCGAUAAAUGCUACUAACGAAAAUGGACCUGUUGAACUACCAGUACCUGGACAAAAUGAACAACAACAUUGGCAUUCUCUGCUACGAAGGUGAAGCAACUUUGAGGGGGGACCCCAGACUCCAGUCCUUGUCCCUAUCCUCCUCCUCAUCCUCCUCCUCUUCGUCGUCAUCCUCCUCAUCUUCCUCUUCCAUCUCCAGCCACAGGACAGGUCCUCCUCCCAUCAGCCCCACCAAGAGGAAGCUGAACGGGGACCAGGGGGACAGCGACAUGGACGACAACGAACAUGUGGCAAAGAUGAGCCGACUGUUUGCUGCACAGCUGAAACCUAAUGGAGACUAUCGCAGCUCUCCCGUCUCUAAGGACCGUAGCCGGAGCCCCAUCGAACGUGUGGUGAUGGCCAGCGGUCUGGGAGUCCACAGCAACCACCUGUACAGCCACGCCCACCACCACCAUCACCUAGCCAGCUUAGCCGGUAUGGACCAGCCACUGGCACUCACCAAAAACAGCAUGGUGGAGUCUGCACGUAGCAGCACAGCAGCUAUGACCACAGUGCCGCACACAGUCAGCGCCGUGGAACGCCAGCAGAAUCGUCCCUCAGUGAUCACGUGCGCCCCAGCCAACAACCGCAACUGCAACCUGUCUCACUGUCCAGUCUCCCACAAUGGCUGCUCAAGCCUCGCUAACAACUACAGGAGAAUCAACACCAACACUGCCUGCGACCCAGUGAUUGAAGAGCAUUUCCGCCGCAGCCUCGGGAAGAACUACAAGGAGCCCGAACCCACCGCCACCAACUCGGUGUCCAUUACAGGCUCGGUGGACGACCACUUCGCCAAGGCGCUGGGCGAGACCUGGUUGCAGAUCAAAAAUAAGGGGAGUCCCUCGUCGUCCGGCAGCAGCCCAAACUCCUCCCCCGACAGUCACAUGGUCAAUCACAACCACUCCCCUUCUGUGGUCUCCUGAAGGGGGAGGGAUUUUAGAGGGAUUUGCCCCCGUUUUCUCAGCCCUCCCAAUCAUCCCGGCUCCAACAUCCAUGCCCCCGUCACUCCUGGUCUGCCACCAGCAUCCCAGAGGGAAUGCCUGCCUGCUGGUCUACUAAAAACAUCCACAACCCUCAAGCCUGCUCUCUCUCUCUAUGCACUCAUAGAGGAUCAGUCAAGCAAUAACAAAAUGGUUGUUUUUUUUUCCCUUCUGUCCUCGGGUAUGCUAAUGCCAGACAAUAAUCAGUAAUGAGUGAUGAGGGCUCGACUUGGGGACUGACUGGAGCAUCAAGCUGCUCCUUCCAUUCGUUCAUCAUCCCUGCAUAUCAAGCUUGGAGCUGAGCAAGUGUCUGUAGUUAUAUGUACAUAAAGAGAGAGAGGAAAGGCGGUGUUUUAAUUAUUAAUUUUUCUUUUCUUCUUUGUUUUUUUUGUUUUUUUGUUUCUUUAACAGUAGUUUUGUGUACUGCUUCUGCAUUAUGAGAUGCCUGACAUUGGAUAGAAAAGAUAAGAAAGAAACACUUUGGAGAAAAUAAUCACAAACCACCUGACUGUGCUACCAAAGAAACCUUAGACUCUGACGUUUAUCAAUGCCCACAUCAGAAACAAAACAACAAAAGCCAUCUUGUAAUCUUCUCCCUCUGUUAGAUUUUUUUUCCAUUCUCUCACCUUCCUUCUCUCUCCCUCUCUGUCCUGUAGUGUAUGUGUUCAGGUGAUUUUGUUACUGUAUGUGUAUACUUAAGUGAUCGACUGGGUCUGAUUUGCACUAUUGCCAUAGAGGGUAAAGGCUGGCAUGUCAAUGUUGCAAUCCGGCACUGCACACACUGGGACUGAUCAAGCUGAUUUUGACCCAAACUGAUCAAAUUCAACUUUUGUUGGGAUCCAUAUAUGAUUUCCCAUUAACUCCACUUAAAAUUUACCUGGUCAUAAUUUCAUCCUGACCGUGACAGAACAGUACAAGCUUCGUCAUUAUGCAUUAUUUAUUAAAUGCAAUUCUGAAAAAUGGAAAAUAUAUAGAAGUGAGACUGGGCAAUACAAAAUGGUAGAGAUAUGAAAAUCAUUUGCGUGGUAGGAGAAAGUGGGUGAAAAAAAGGUUGCAUAUAUUGUCACUUCCUGCAACUGCUGUCAGGUCUGACCGUCUGAAGCCAAGUCAUAUCCUAAGUGUUCAUCACUUGGUUCUGUAACGUGUUUAGUUUACGUUAACUAAACUUAUCCCUCCCUGCUAGCACUUGACAGAGUAUCAGUCACACUUCACGCUGCAGUGAGCUCUCCAUAUUAAAGGUAGUGAUAUAAACAUUCAGGUAAACUGUGGGAGGAACUGGCCACUCUUUGAUUUAAGUAAACAUCUGUCACCAUGGAUACCGAUAGAAGCAUUAAUCACCCAGCUGCUGAAUUAUGCCACUUCCCUGAAUAGCCAAUCCAAAACAAGGGUACAAGUCAGGUGAAGUAAGGACAAGCUCAUGUUUAACUUUUUAUAGUAACCUCACAAUAUAUCUGUGAUUCUGUCUACAGCCGCUUUGAAAAGUGCAAGUGUACUGGAAAGAACUAGUUUCUUCACCCACCUUUCUUCACCACUCUAUUGGGAUUUUGAGGGUAAAUUAUAUAACUUAAUAAAGCUUCAGCAUUCAAAAUAUAUUGGGAUAGUGAAUACGUAAAAUACAGAGCCGAUAUGUAUGAUCAACUACACAUACAUCCAGUCUGUGAAUUACUCAGUGUUGAUUGGUAUCGGCAAGGAAAACGUACACAACUACUUCACCUGCUUCAAUUGUGCCAAACUGUUGCAAGGUGAGUUUAAAAGCACAGUCAGGUCAUCAAAUCGGUUAAGUGUGGUGCUGAUGUACACCACAGCCAUUGUGAGAGCAGAUUAGGGCUGAAGAAAAACAAAGUUGUACAACCUGCAGUGUGUUGAAGAUUGGUCUUUGCUGAACAGUGUGCUUUGAUGUGUUUCACAGGCUUAACUGCUGACAGUGAUGAGGGGAUAGAUGACACUGCAUGUCACUUUGUGGAUGAAAGGAAAAAAAAAAAGUGUGGUUUCUCGACCGGGGGAGAGAAGAUUAUUCAGAUCUCUUCAAACACGCCUUUGUUUUUGUAACUCUUUGAACACGGGUGUUGUAAUUAUAUUUGGCUUACACCCUGCUAUCCCUCCCUUCCUCCCUCCCUCCCUCACCUACACACUGUGGUUUGGUAGAUUUCUACAAGGUUUGAAGGGUAAACUAAUGCUUUUACAGAUGCAUGUUUUUUUUGUUUUGUUUUGUUUUUAAUAGCUGGUAUCUAUUAGUGUUUUUAAGCAUUUCAAUCCUAACUACUAUUAGCCUUUUCAUUCGGACGUUAGUUGUUACUUCUUUUGUUGUUAGUAACGGACAUAGACACUAUACACUCACUGCUGGGUCAGUUGUACUCCAUAUUAUUAUUGUUAUUGUUGUUAUUACAAUUUUGUAUUUUUGUUUUCCAUUAAUAUCAGUAUGGUAACAAACAUCUAUAGCGGGACAGCCUCCGGACAGGCUCUGUUAAAUGAUGAGAGCUGCGUUUCCCAAAACCAUCUCGGCACCAUAGUCGAUUAGCUCAUUCCUGCAGCAGAGCUGUGAUCGUUAUCGUGUUGAGUUGGCUUUGGGAUGCGCAGCCCGUUAAGGUUUUCUUAAGAUGUUGAUCCAUCGGUGGUACAGGAUGCUACAGCCUUCAGCGUGACUGAGCUGAGACACCAAAUUGGCACAAAUUAGUCCGCAGGGCCUUGUUUUCCACAAAAGCAGCUCAGACUGAGAUGAAAUAACUGUAUUCGUGUGAGUCUAUUUGGGGUGCUGUCUUAAAAUCAUCACCUCCGCACCAGCCUUUACCCACUUUCUUGCUGCAGUCCAAAAAGCACAUGGUAGAGGACAAGCUAGCAGGCUCGGAAAUUUUUUGGGGAAACAAGGGUAUUGUUUACGGUAAGGGCUAGUGAUGACGACUCUCAGACAUCUUUUUGACCCUUGCAAAAGUCUCUUAAAAGUAUCACACUAUGAAUUAUUUUGUACUACUAAAGAGCAAAAAAAAAAACAGCUUCACAAAAAUAGCAUAGGAAAACAUUGGAGAGAUGCUAGCAAACAAAACAACACUUGGUUAGUGGUUACCUAAAUUUAUGGUGUACUGUCAAAGCUCUCUCAACCCUUAGCAGUUGACUUUUUGUGUCCUGACUUGGUGUCCAGACUUUUUUUUUGUACUUCAGUGCUUUCUUUUCUGAACAACAUUGUAUUGUUUCUGCAGUUAAGCUAGACUGCUGCAGUCUGAAGAGAUGAAUUUUACUCUUUAAAGAGCCUGCGCCAAGGUUGCAUACAUUCCUCCUAUAGGGAACUUUGUACAGGCCUCAUACACACUCAGUAGCUCCACAUCAACAGACCGAGCUAAUAACCAGCCAGGGCCACCUGUCCCAGAGCUCCCUGCCUUACUGGAAUAACUAGGUGUCCACAUUUGCCCUUUUUGGCCACAAGUCCUUACCAUAUGACAAAGGAACAACCAAUGGCAUAAAAAUUUUGAGGACAUUCAGAGCGUAGAACUUGGAGAACUGGGCUUGGGAGAAGUUCAGUGUCGUUCUGUAAUAAAAGAACAGAAUCAUUUCACGUCUCUGAGCAGAGAUUCAUAGGUUACAAGGUUCACGUUGGUUUGGUUUUUAUCUAAUGAAUACAUCCUUUACAGAGUUCUCCACACGGAACACCCGUGUUCUAGAAUGUCCACACAUUCCAUCCUCAACUAUCAGAGCAGAUGUGACGGAACCAGAACUGAUGGUAAAUUUUAGUUCUAGAAUCCCCAAAUUUCGAAUCAUAACUCAACUGCUAGUGAAUCAGUUUCUAUCACAGAUAAGUCCUCUACAAUCUCAGCGUGUUCUCUGUGACAGGUUCAGAGUGGUUUGGAUUGGGAUUUUUGGUAGGAGUAGGGGUGGGGGGAUGCAGAGCUUCAGGAGCUGAGCUUCUGUAAGCACAGUCCGUGAGCUGCAAGACGUUCAUCUGCCACUCAAAGUCUUUUCACAGUGACACCUUCUCUUCCUCCUCCUCCUCCUCUCAGAUUCAGUUGACCCUAAUUAAGAUUGGAUGCAGUUGGCAACUUGCUAGAAAACACGAGGGAAAAGGGCUUGGUGUCCAGAAGAUUUUGUUUUUCUAUUAUUAUUCUUUCUCAUUAUUAUUUCACUACCACCCUGUAGGUAGGAGGCUCUCUUUCUGCUUCGGCACACAGUCCCUACACACUGUAGGAAAAUCACUUAAUAAAAAAAAAAACUUUUUUAUAAUAGGUAACUAUAAGACCAUCAUUACGCUGUGCGUAACGAAUGUACAGAGAAAAAAAAUCGUAGGUAUUUUUUGAGGAACAAUUAAUUUGUUAAUGAUAUGUAGCUAUUUAAUUGUUUUUUCCCUGUCCUUAUAUUGUAAUCAUUGCAUUUUCUUUUUUUGUGAAAAAAGUUGAUCUUUUUUGUUUAUAGAGUUUGUCUUGUUAGAGUAAAGGUUCAAGUGCAGGAGCACAGUAAACGUAUGAAACCACAAUAAGCCACUGGUGUGUCGGUGACAAUCGCUACUUCCAUUGGUCCCCGAUGUUCUGCGACCAUUUAACAUGUGUUUGACCAUGUGACUUCUGAGACAUCUGAACAAAAGUUUCACUUAUGAGCAAAAAGAAUUUGUCCCUUUAGCAGGCUCUCGAUCAGUUCGCAUGUUUUGCAUCAAUGGAACAGAAUGAUAUUGCCACUAGCCCGGUGCAUCUUGUCUGCCAUUUCCAUUUAACUAAAAAAAAAAAAAAAAAAUUAACAUCGGUCAUGGGCUAGCAGGCAGGUAAAAUUUCUACCAC